AUGGUUGUCACCUCAAAGAGAAGCACUACAAAAGCUACUAGUUUUAACCAACGUGAUGAUUCAUCCUCAGUUGCAUUAGUCCAUGUUGAGCAACCUCAAGCUCUUUCUGCUGUUGCGCCCAUUGUAUCUUCUUAUAAUGAGAAGAUACGUCCGGUUCUCGACGCUCUUGAAAAUCUAAGGCGUCUCAACGUCGCCAAAGAAGGAAUUCAGCUUCCAACCAUUGUUGUUGUUGGAGAUCAGUCCUCUGGAAAGUCCAGUGUCCUUGAAUCUUUGGCUGGUAUCAGCUUGCCGCGUGGACAAGGAAUUUGCACAAGGGUGCCAUUGGUGAUGAGGCUGCAGAAUCAUCCAGUUCCACAUCCGGAACUCUUGCUAGAGUUCAAUGGAAAAACAGUUUUCACAGACGAAGCAAAUGUUUCUGAUGCGAUCAACCUAGCUACUGAAGAGAUUGCUGGUUCUGCUAAAGGGAUUUCAAACACUCCUUUGACUUUGGUUGUGAAGAAGAAUGGUGUUCCUGAUCUUACCAUGGUUGAUCUUCCAGGUAUAACUCGUGUUCCUGUUCAUGGCCAACCUGAUAAUAUUUAUGAUCAGAUUAAGGAUAUUAUCAUGGAGUAUAUAACUCCUGAAGAAAGUAUUAUCUUGAAUGUACUUUCUGCAACGGUCGAUUUUACUACUUGCGAGUCUAUUAGGAUGUCGCAAACCGUUGAUAGAACUGGUUUGAGGACACUUGCUGUUGUCACAAAAGCCGAUAAAUCACCUGAAGGUUUGUUGGAGAAAGUUACUGCUGAUGACGUUAACAUAGGCUUGGGUUAUGUUUGCGUAAGGAAUCGAAUUGGCGAGGAGUCUUAUGAAGAAGCCAGAGAUGAAGAACAGAAGCUGUUUGAGUCUCACUCACUUCUUUCAAAAAUUGACAAAUCCAUUGUUGGUAUUCCUGUUUUGGCUCAGAAGCUUGUUCAAGUUCAGGCUAUGAUAAUUUCGAAAACUUUGCCUGAGAUUAUUAAGAAAAUUAAUGAGAAGCUUGCUUCUAAUGCUACUGAGUUAGAGAAUUUGCCUGCUAACUUAUCUUCUGUUGCUGAUGCUAUGACUGCUUUCAUGCAUAUCCUUGGUUUGACUAGAGAUUCUCUCAAAAAGAUUCUUCUCACUGGUGAUUUUGAGGAAUACCCUGAGGACAACCACAUGCAUUGCACUGCUCGGUUAGUCGAGAUGCUUAAUUUAUAUGCUAAUGAUCUUGAAAACUGUGAUGAAAGUGAUGCUAAAAAGAAUUUUCUGAUGGAAGAGAUAAAGGUUUUGGAAGAGGCCAAGUGGAUUGGUCUCCCAAAUUUUAUGCCAAGAACUGCUUUUCUAACUAUACUGCAGAGAAAAGUUAAGGGCAUUUCUUAUAUGCCGAUUAACUUCGUCGAUAAUGUUUGGGACUAUCUUGAAUCUGUAGUGAUUUCAGUAUUAAAUAAUCAUUCUUCAAGCUAUUAUCAGCUUCAAGUUUCCACCCGUAGAGCAGGCGAGAAACUGAUUGCUAAGAAGAAGAAGAAUUCAAUCCAACACGUGCUGGAAGCUGUGGAGAUGGAGAAGCUGACAGAUUACACUUGUAACCCUGAGUACUUGCUCGAGUACGGCAGGCUGGUAGCUCAACAAGAAUCAUUUAUCAAGGAAGUUCUGAACACUGAACCAAAGCCUACUCAUGUUAAGCUUGAAGGGGUUGGUGAGAUUGAUGUUGUGAACCUGAGGAACUAUCCUCAUGUGCUAAGUCAGGCUUUUGAUUUGAAGGCUAGGAUGAUUGCGUAUUGGAAGAUUGUUUUGAGGAGGCUGAUUGAUAGUAUUGCUUUGCAUUUGAUGUUAAGCAUCAAUGAACUGAUUAACAAUGAUUUGCAGAAGGAGAUUUGUAAUGAUCUUUUGUCUUCAAAUGGUGGUGGAAUUGAGAGGCUCCUUGAAGAGUCUCCGUCUAUUUCUGGUAAGAGAGAGAAGCUGAGCAGGAGUGUUAAAGUUCUUAGAGAAAGUAAGGAGACUGUUACAAGAAUUAUGGACAGGAUUGGAAUCUAUGAUUAG